CAGAACUUGCUUGAGACAGCUGAAGUAAAGCUCUCCGGGUGUGAAGAGUCACAAGGUUUCAUGUCAGUUUGGCAAAGAGUGGAUGCACAGGGCAGCUUGUGAUGGCAGCACCGCAGGGGCCUUUUUUGGCCGCUGUGUUAGUCCUUGUGUCUUCGCUUCUCUGCUCCUCUUCCUCACCUGCAUGUCUGCAGUCCUGCACCUGUCAGAGUGCUUUCCUGUUGAACUGUUCCUCAGCUGGCCUUUCCUCGGUGCCCCAGCACAUCCAGGACUCUGUCACGGAGCUGGACUUUUCUCAUAACCUCCUCAAAUCUGUAACAUUUCACCAGCCACAUUAUAACCUCAGGAGUGUGUGGCUGGGAAACAACAGUAUCACACGUUUGUCCCUGUGCACUGGAAGAAACCUCGGUGGUCAACAUCGUAGAGAUAAAUAUCGCUCAAGACCUUGGACCAGACGGAAAUGUGUAUCUUGGGCCCCCACCCUGCAGCUGCUCUCUGUUGAGAUGAAUCAGCUACGCCAACUCCCAGAGGGGCUGGAGGGUAUUGAAUCCUUGGAGGUUCUGCAACUCUCUUUCAACAGGAUCUCAACUCUACGACUGGGAGAACUUAGCCAUCUUCAGCAACUGAAAGAGUUACACUUACAACAUAACCUCAUCACAAGUCUCCAUCCACAGAUGUUUCAGGAUUUACCACAGCUCAAAGUCCUAGAUCUGAGCUUCAACAUGUUGACCAGCAUCCAUCCUUUAAUGUACCUCACCCUGCAAAACAUUGGAACAGAAGUUAGGCUGCUUGGAAACAGGUGGCAGUGUGACUGCAGGAUGCACAGUCUAAGACGGCGGAUAGCCUUUGACAGCAACAGAGGCCUGCAGGUCUGGAGCAUCAUGUGUGCUUCUCCAUCCACCCUCUCAGGCAGAGAUCUGCUUCAGCUGCAGGAUGAUGAACUGAACUGCCUCAGUACUGGUAACAUCCCAGAGCUCCAUCAGGAUGUGACAGUCCACAGGGGCUCUGAGAUACUGCUGUCCUGUUCAGCAGAAGACUCAGUGUGGUGGACGCCCAAUGGUCAAAUGUCUGUGAACCAGUCUGAUGGUGGUCUGCUCAUCAGUGACAUCACAGAGAGUGACACGGGACUGUAUGUGUGUGUGUCUAAAGAAAAACAGGUUGUGUCUGUUUUUAACCUCCAAAUCAGUAAAAUAGGUGGUGCAAGAAGAAAACCUAGAAGUUUGUCUGAAACCAGCCAAUACAUAAUCCAAGCAGGCCCCACAAAGAGUGUACGUAAUGGGACAAGUCCAGGAGCUGGAGCAGUUACUCAGUCUGACUUGGCACUGGCUGUGUGUCUAUCUAUUUUCAUCACAUUUCUAAUUGCCUUUAUCCUUGGAGUCCUUGCAAGACCGUGUAUUGAUGCUCUUUGGAAAAGAGUCACCGAAAAGAACAUCAAUACACGGUCCCGUGAAACUAACUCUGCAGUCUCUGUAGAACAAACACAAUAUGACAAUGAGGCCUUUUCCACUGGAGAGGAACUAGAAAGGACAGGACAUCACAGGGAAAGGAGAGUCACAUUUACCACUGUAGACUACAGAGAACAUGGCAACGUACAGUACUAUGAUACUGUAGUCAGUGGCAAUCCGGAAAGCAUCAAUAAUGAUGUAGUGAUUGAUUGUGAAGUUAGUGUGGCUCAGAAUAUUAAACAUACUCCUGAAGAUUCAGGAAAUGAAAGUAGCUCACAUCAGAGCAAUUCAGAGGGUAGACUAAAUGAUGGCAGAGAUCACACUACUGCUGGACAUAGGCACAACAUGGAGUUUGAACCCAUCCCAGAUCCUGUUGAACUAGAGGAAAAGAGAAGCCUAUCUUCUUCAAGCUCUGAUUCUUCACUAUCUGAAAAAGAAUUCAAAGAGCACCACACAAUGCCUAAGGCUCCUAAGGUGACAAAGGACCCUUUUCAACAGAAAACUGAUUUCUCAAUACUUACAAAAGAAGAGGUGCCACAAAGAUCACUAGAAGGCAAAAGUAAAAUGCCUGGAUUUACCUCUGAGCCAUGGUCACCACACACAACAGACCCUGGUUAUUUAGAGGAGAAUGAAGAACUAUUUGAAUUUAGUGAUUCUGUUCAAAGUCCAUCUCCCAGGUCAGGCAGUAUAAUUGGUUCUUCUAAUAAGUCAAAACUUACUGUGGCAACCCCUUCCAAAAAACACAAGCGGGAUUCUGUGUCCAGUUCCAGCUCAAACAGCAGUGAGGAUGAGUCUACACUUUACAAAGCCAACUCUGACCAGCAAAUCAAGCCUGCAGUGAAACCAGAGCACUCGUUUUCCUCCGAUUCCAGUGACAGUGAUAAGGAGCCAGACCAGCACACAGUUAAGCUAGAAAUUGAUAAAGAUAGCACAGUGAAAGUUAAACCAAAGCCGCGGACAAAGUGGCAUGAUGUCUAUUCGGAUACCAGUCAGAGUAAGAAUCUGGAUGCCAAAGCACCUUCACUAUCUAUAAGAGAUUCAUCCUCUUCCAGCAGUGACAGUGAAGCAGAUUCCAAAGUACACUCAAGUAUAGACAGAAAAAGCCAAAUCAAAGAGCAUUCACACAUCACUGCUCCAUUACCGGAGUCAAAUUCAUCUUCCAGAAGCAUGAGGAAAGAUUCAGAUAUCAAAGAACCUUCAUCAGCCUCUAGUUCAUCUUCUAGUAGUGAAAGUGAUGAUGAAGCAGGCCACAAAGUGCAGCAGGUUCCAGGAAAGUUGGGCAUUCCACCCUGCCCAUUCAAAGAAUCUCAAACAAAGAGUCCUGAUCCAAAUGCAAAGUGGCCUACCAUUGAUCUUCUACACAUUCCUCACAUUAAGCGGCGCCUAGAUAUCAAAGCAUCAUCAGUAGCAGUAGGUUCUGACACAACUUCUAGCAGUGAAAGUGAGGAGGAAACAACGAAACACAUAAAGAAACAGGAGCAAGGAGGUAUAUAUAUGCCAAUUGUUCCAAAUAGGUCAUCUCAAAAAAUAAAUCAAGAGGAUAAUAUUCGAAGGCCUGCCAUUCCUCCUGAGCGUCCCAGGAGUAUCAAGAAAGAUUUAGAUCUCAAAGAACCUUCAUCAGCCUCUAGUUCAUCUUCUAGUAGUGAAAGUGAUGAUGAAGCAGGCCACAAAGUGCAGCAGGUUCCAGGAAAGUUGGGCAUUCCACCCCGCCCAUUCAAAGAAUCUCAAACAAAGAGUCCUGAUCCAAAUGCAAAGUGGCCUACCAUUGAUCUUCUACACAUUCCUCACAUUAAGCGGCGCCUAGAUAUCAAAGCAUCAUCAGUAGCAGUAGGUUCUGACACAACUUCUAGCAGUGAAAGUGAGGAGGAAACAACGAAACACAUAAAGAAACAGGUGCAAGGAGGUAUAUAUAUGCCAAUUGUUCCAGACAGGUCAUCUCAAAAAAUAAAUCAAGAGGAUAAUAUUCGAAGGCCUGCCAUUCCUCCUGAGCGUCCCAGGAGUAUCAAGAAAGAUUUAGAUCUCAAAGAACCUUCAUCAGCCUCUAGUUCAUCUUCUAGUAGUGAAAGUGAUGAUGAAGCAGGCCACAAAGUGCAGCAGAGUCCAGGAAAGUUGGACAUUCCACCCCGCCCAUUCAAAGAAUCUCAAACAAAGAGUCCUGAUCCAAAUGCAAAGUGGCCUACCAUUGAUCUUCUACACAUUCCUCACAUUAAACGCCGCCUAGAUAUCAAAGCACCAUCAAAAGAAUCUGACACAUCUUCUAGCAGUGACAGUGAGGAGGAAACAACGAAACACAUAAAGAAACAGGAGCAAGGAGGUAUAUAUAUGCCAAUUGUUCCAAACAGGUCAUCUCAAAAAAUAAAUCAAGAGGAUAAUAUUCGAAGGCCUGCCAUUCCUCCUGAGCGUCCCAGGAGUAUCAAGAAAGAUUUAGAUCUCAAAGAACCUUCAUCAGCCUCUAGUUCAUCUUCUAGUAGUGAAAGUGAUGAUGAAGCAGGCCACAAAGGGCAGCAGAGUCCAGGAAAGUUGGGCAUUCCACCCCUCCCAUUCAAAGAAUCUCAAACAAAGAGUCCUGAUCCAAAUGCAAAGUGGCCUACCAUUGAUCUUCUACACAUUCCUCACAUUAAGCGGCGCCUAGAUAUCAAAGCAUCAUCAGUAGCAGUAGGUUCUGACACAACUUCUAGCAGUGAAAGUGAGGAGGAAACAACGAAACACAUAAAGAAACAGGAGCAAGGAGGUAUAUAUAUGCCAAUUGUUCCAAACAGGUCAUCUCAAAAAAUAAACCAAGAGGAUAAUAUUCAAAGGCCUGCCAUUCCUCCUGAGCGUCCCAGGAGUAUCAAGAAAGAUUCAGAUGCCAAAGAACCUUCAUCAGCCUCUAGUUCAUCUUCUAGUAGUGAAAGUGAUGAUGAAGCAGGCCACAAAGGGCAGCAGAGUCCAGGAAAGUUGGGCAUUCCACCCCGCCCAUUCAAAGAAUCUCAAACAAGGAGUCCUGAUCCAAAUGCAAAGUGGCCUACCAUUGAUCUUCUACACAUUCCUCACAUUAAGCGGUGCCUAGAUAUCAAAGCACCAUCUGUAGAUUCGGACACAUCUUCUAGCAGUGACAGUGAGGAGGAAACAGUAAAGAAACAAGACCAUGGAGCUGUACAUAUUCCAAUUCUUCCAAAUCGGUCAUCUCAAAAAGCCAGUCGUGAGCAUGACAUAAGAAGGCCUGCCAUUCCUCCUGAGCGUCCCAGGAGUAUCAAGAAAGAUUCCGAUAUCAAAGAACCUUCAUCAGCCUCUAGUUCAUCUUCUAGUAGUGAAAGUGAUGAUGAAGCAGGCCACAAAGUGCAGCAGGUUCCAGGAAAGUUGGGCAUUCCACCCCGCCCAUUCAGAGAAUCUCAAACAAAGAGUCCUGAUCCAAAUGCAAAGUGGCCUACCAUUGAUCUUCUACACAUUCCUCACAUUAAACGCCGCCUAGAUAUCAAAGCAUCAUCAGUAGCAGUAGGUUCUGACACAACUUCUAGCAGUGAAAGUGAGGAGGAAACAACGAAACACAUAAAGAAACAGGAGCAAGGAGGUAUAUAUAUGCCAAUUGUUCCAGACAGGUCAUCUCAAAAAAUAAAUCAAGAGGAUAAUAUUCGAAGGUCUGCCAUUCCUCCUGAGUGUCCCAGGAGUAUCAAGAAAGAUUUAGAUAUCAAAGAACCUUCAUCAGCCUCUAGUUCAUCUUCUAGUAGUGAAAGUGAUGAUGAAGCAGGCCACAAAGGGCAGCAGAGUCCAGGAAAGUUGGGCAUUCCACCCCGCCCAUUCAAAGAAUCUCAAACAAAGAGUCCUGAUCCAAAUGCAAAGUGGCCUACCAUUGAUCUUCUACACAUUCCUCACAUUAAACGCCGCCUAGAUAUCAAAGCACCAUCAAAAGAAUCUGACACAUCUUCUAGCAGUGACAGUGAGGAGGAAACAACGAAACACAUAAAGAAACAGGAGCAAGGAGGUAUAUAUAUGCCAAUUGUUCCAAACAGGUCAUCUCAAAAAAUAAAUCAAGAGGAUAAUAUUCGAAGGCCUGCCAUUCCUCCUGAGCGUCCCAGGAGUAUCAAGAAAGAUUCCGAUAUCAAAGAACCUUCAUCAGCCUCUAGUUCAUCUUCUAGUAGUGAAAGUGAUGAUGAAGCAGGCCACAAAGUGCAGCAGGUUCCAGGAAAGUUGGGCAUUCCACCCCGCCCAUUCAGAGAAUCUCAAACAAAGAGUCCCGAUCCAAAUGCAAAGUGGCCUACCAUUGAUCUUCUACACAUUCCUCGAGUUAAGCGGCGCCUAGAUAUCAAAGCACCAUCAGUAGAUUCUGACACAUCUUCUAGCAGUGACAGUGAGGAGGAAACAACGAAACACAUAAAGAAACAGGAGCAAGAAGAUAUAUAUAGUCCAAGGCAAGAAACUGAUUUGCUUUACACAAAAACCCAAUAUGUUCAUCAUACUGCAGACAUCAAAUCAGUAUUAUCAACUUCUGAGUCAUCUUCAAGUAGUGACAGUGAAGAUGAAAAAAGGGGCCAGACAAAGAAGCAGAGUUUGGGCUCAACGGGGUUUCAACAAUCUCAAACCAAACGUCAUGAUCCUAUUUACACAUCAAGCAGCUCAGAUGAGGAGGGGAUGGAAGAUUUAAGAAACCGCCCAGUUGCAAUUAAACCAGAUUCAAGAUUGCCUGAAAUAGGCCUCAGCACUAUCCCCUAUGUCAAAAAGCAUCUGGAUAUCAAGACACGUUCACCUAAGUCCUCCUCCAGCAGUGAUGAGAGUGAAGGUCGGACUACAGACCAGCCUGUUAAAAUGGCUAGCAACUUAGGCUCUCCAACUUCUACACUGUUUAAGCUUCCUCACAUUUCAAAGAAAGAUUCCAAUAUUACAUUAGAAAAGUAUGUUGUUAUAACAGAUGAGUUGACGGAAAAUCGAAAAGACAACUUCAGCACAACACCAGAGAUAAACUCUGAGCUCCAGUCACGAUGGGCCACAAUGAAUCUUGGUUUUUCCCAAUUUAGAAAGCGCCUUGAAAUCACAUCACCGAGUUCUCAACCAUCCAAAUAUCCCUCAUCACCUCUGCCAGACUCCUCUUCUCUGAAUCCUGAAAACAAACAUGUGAAACCCUCUGAUUCCUCUUCCAGCAGCAGCAGCAGUGAAGAUGAGAUAACAGAAAAUAGAGCUCCUCCAGGCAUGACAUAUGUUGACUUUCCAAUCUAUAAGCGUUCAAUUAUGAAAACUUCAUCGCUAUCUGAUAGUUCUUUCUCCCCCAGUGGCAAGACCCAAAUGGUAAAUGUUGCACAGGAAAGUGAAAAGGACAGAAAUUCAUCACUUGCUCCAAAGAGAGUAUCCAGUCUGAGCUUUGAGGAUGAAGUAAGGAGAAGGACUGAACAAAGACACAAUGCAAAUGCAGAUAUACCACCAGAGAUAAAAUGGACUGGUGUUGGUCAUCAUCUGUCUAAAAUCUCUACACCAGCACUAAAGACGGGUCUGAAUACAACACCUCCACAGCAGGCUUCACCUGCAAAACCAGAACUUCCCCAGCUGUACUCCUCCAGCAUCAAAAGUGACGUUAAAAUAAAGCAAGACAGUUGGAAAUCAGAUGUAAAGCCAACACAUAAAUUCUCAUCCAUUAGUGCCAAUAGUACUUCUUCUGCAUCCGGAGGUGCUCUUCACAGGCUUUACAACUCACCCAACACCACAUAUGAGAAUCCAAGCCCUAUUUUGCUCUCUGAUAGGAAGGAAAGAAAAGGCCUCAGUGCCCUAAAAGUCAUGUCAUCAGAGAGAAAAAUGUGGGACACGGUGGAUUUCAGUGGGGAUGUAUCUCCUACAGCUGAUGACCACAGUCCACAAGUUGACACCGGUGUUUAUUAUCGCAAGUCUGAGCCAGACAUCAAACCCCUGCCACGAUUACAUCUCCCCUCUGCUUCACCAGAUGAGAGAAGAGCUACAGAUUUGUUGUAUGAUCUUCCCCGCUACAGGAGCCAUGACAUCAAACCACCACAAGUUGCCCCACCUCCUAUUCCUGUAACACUACCGCCAGAGGAGGCCGUUGGGCUUUCAUGGAGAUCUCCACAGGACAAUAAGAAACACGGCUCGGAAGGAAAUAGAACCUAUCAGCAACAGAGACAAAACACAGAGGAACCUGUUGCUUCUUCGCUUACACCAGAAUACCCACCAAUCUAUUUAAACACUUCAAACAUCAGUCAUGUUUAAUGACAAGUCAAUUCAUGCUAAACACUUGAAAAGCCACCCAGAUGAUAGGCAUGAUUCUCUGAGCUUAAGUUAUCCUGUGAAUGUCAAAAAUAUUGUGAAUUGUAUAUUAUGUGUGACUUUGGAAUGAAAUGUAAGCUAUAAUCAUUCAUUGGCUAGGGCUGCCACAGAGCACUUAAAUGCAGUCUUUAUCAAUGCACCAUGCUUAUCUUUCAUGUUUGACUUAUUUCUGCAAAAUAAGAUGCCAAAUGAGUUAUUUACUUGCAUUCAUGAACAGAAGUGAUGGCUCAAAUUUGUGUAUAAAAACCUAAAUUCAGUGAUGUUAAAGACUAAAUCAUGAAAUAAUUUACAGAUUUUUUUUUGUAUCUCUAAUUGAACA